AUGACUGCUCGAAAAGCUAAAGAGAGUGCUCACGUGUCUGCAAGUGAUAUAAUAUCGACAUUCAACAAUUUUUUCGAGAAUCUCCCGAACGACAAGAGCUUCGACAUGGCUUAUAAAGUCUAUCUCAAAGAUUUGGCUGAUGUGGAUGACGGUUCGAGAUGUGAAUCCUCGUCGAUUUUGACUCAAAACCAGCCGACGACAAUCGCCUCGUCUGGAUUUGUGAUGUCUAAUCCGAAUGUGAAAAGCCCAUCGCUUCCGUCGUCGGCCACUAAUUGGAACUCGGAAUAUUCGGUGACCGAACCGACGAUGAGCCCGGCGGAUCAGAUUCUGAAGGAUAGCGUUGCUCGCAAGAAGAGGUCGAUGGUCGAUUUGACGGAGCUUAACCAGCUCUACGGAAAAGGCUAUAAGCCGCCAGCCCCAUCUGCACGAACGCCACCAACAAUUUAUGAGAACUUGGCAAUUAAUGCUCCUUCGUCCCCCUCUGCUACUGAUGCAUCGUCGGUUCCGUUGACUUUUAUCGAAAAGCAUCACGAAUUCAAAAAACUCGUGCCAUCUGGGACUGACGGAAGAUUCGAGUUGUUUCUUAAAGUGGCCGAUUGUUUCGAUUAAAAGAAGCAAAAUCUCUCUUGAACUCUUAUCAUAAUCUUGUCGCAAUAAACUUUGAAUCUCACCAC